AUGGCUUUUGAAGUUCCUGUUAAUGAAGAAAGUUUGAUACGUAAGCAUCCUCCGAAACGCCUUCAGCGAUUAGAAGAUCAGCAAAUAAUGCUAACUCACGAGCUUUUGGAUGAGAAGCAAGCUGAAGCUGAACAACGGAGGUUGCAGAUACUCACACAAAGAAUCCAAUCUGCGAAACAAAGAGCUCCCCGAAGACCAUUUUUGAAUGAAGAUGAAGAGAGUCCCACUGAAAUGAUUGAAACAAUAAAGAGAGAAAAUUCUACUGUUGAAUUGUGAAUAAACAUUCAACAUUAUGAAUGUAUCAGAUAAUGUUUUGUCUGAGACGAGAGGUAUGUUUAUAAACAACCUAAAGAAGACAGCAAACAAUAUACUCAAAAAGUGAUAUGGUAAUAUAUUUUGUACAAAUGGCUGCAAAAUGUAAUUGAUAUAGUUCGUAAUGAGAAUGAAUGCCUUGACCGAAAGAAGCAUACUUUUCUCAAUGUCCUUGUACAUAUGCAUAAAAAUUAUAUUACGUCUUGGUAUGAAUUUACAAAGAUUACAAAACUAUAACUUUUAGAUUUAC